AUGGCCGAAUCCAACCCAAUCCAUUUCUUCGACAUCGUCUCGACCCUACCUGUUCACGAAAAAUCAUGGUCUCCGAGCACCCUCAAGACCAGAAUGGUCCUCAAUUUCAAAGGAAUCCCCUACACCCAAAGCUGGGUCUCAUACCCUGACAUCGCGCCCCUCCUCAAGGCCCACGGCGUUGCACCCGGCGAGUCAAAGUUCAUGCCCUACACACUGCCCGCAAUUGCCCACGAGGGCUUGAAAUCCAGCACUCCUGACGGCGUGCUCAUGGACUCUGACCCGAUCGCCAUGUACAUCGACAAGCUGUACCCGUCGCCUCCGCUCUUCCCCUCCGGUGAUGCGAGCUACGCACUCGUCGUCGCUGUGUCGAAGUCGCUGUCGGUAUGCCGGGAGGCCCUCGUAGGUCUGGUGAUACCCAAUGUCCCAUCUCAUUUGGAUGAGCGCGGACGGGAGUAUUUUAAUCGAACGCGCGCGGAGUGGUUCGGGAAGCCGCUUUCUGAGGUUAAGGCGAAGGAUGAGGAGGUGGAGAGGCUGUGGCAGAUCUUGGAGACGGAGUAUAUGACGUUUGUUAAGAUGUUGAAGGGGAAGGAGGGGAAGAAUGGGCUGUUUUUGGAGGGGGAGAGGGCUGGGUAUGCGGAUAUUACUAUUGCUGCGAUGUUGGCUUUCAUCCAGCGCUUUGCGAAGGGGACGUUUGAGAAGCUCAUGGCUCUGGGCGAUGGGGAGUUGAAGAGGCUUUAUGAGGCUUGUUUGCCCUGGCUCGAAGGGCAGGGAGAUGAGAAGGAGUGGCCGAUUCCUCAGUAG